GCCGCGCGCUCGCCGCCUCCACAGCGCCAGGGAGGCUCGCGUGCCCGGCGCGACGCGUCGCCGCUUCUCCGCUCCGCGCCGUGGUGUCCGGGCCGGGGGUUAAGGAGGAGAUGGCGCCGGCUGCGGCGGGGCAGGAGGCCAGGCCGCUCCGUGUCGGGCUCGUCUGCGGCGGGCCCUCCGCCGAGCGCGGCAUCUCGCUCAACUCCGCCCGCUCCGUGCUCGAUCACAUCCAGGGCGAGGACUUGCUGGUGAGCUGCUACUACAUCGACUGCGGCAUGAACGCGUACGGGAUAUCGCCCGCGCAGCUAUACUCCAACACCCCUUCCGACUUUGAUUUCAAGCUUGAAAGCCUAGCGCAAGAGUUCCGCUCCUUAUCUGAAUUCGCGGAGCAUCUUUCCGCCAAUGUUGACAUCGUCUUCCCGGUGAUACACGGGAAAUUCGGUGAAGAUGGUGGUAUUCAGGAGCUUCUGGAGAAGAAAAAUAUUCCGUUUGUUGGAACGCCCUCUAACGAGUGUCGCCGCGCUUUCGACAAGCAUAAUGCAUCGCUCGAGCUCGAAGCGCAAGGUUUCUUAACAGUACCUAACUUUCUUGUAGAGAAGGAUAAGUUGGAUAAGUCAAAAUUGGAGGAAUGGUUCACAAGCGUCAAUUUGAAUAAACAAAAUGGCAAAGUGGUGGUCAAACCUACGAGAGCUGGAUCAAGUAUAGGUGUAGUUGUCGCUUAUGGUGCUAAUGAGGCAGCUGAGAAAGCAGAGGACAUAAUUGCAGAGGGAAUUGAUGAUAAGAUCAUCAUAGAAGUUUUUCUUGAAGGGGGCUGUGAAUUUACAGCCAUUGUUAUUGAUGUUGGGACAACUAAUAACAGUCAGCCUAUCGUUCUGCUUCCAACAGAAGUUGAGCUUCUAUCAUCUAGUAAUAGUGAAAUUCAGGAGGAUACAAUAUUUAACUACCGUAGGAAGUACCUUCCAACUCAACAGGUUGCUUAUCAUACACCUCCACGUUUUCCGACAGAGGUGAUUGAUUGCAUAAGAGAAGGGGUAUCUCUUUUAUUUCGCCAUUUUGGCCUGCGUGACUUUGCCAGGAUAGAUGGUUGGUUUAUACCAACACCCGCUACUUCUUUAUCCUCAUCUGAAAACGGUGGUAAAUUUGGAAACACAGGGUAUGGUAUUGUCCUUUUCACUGAUAUUAAUUUGAUAAGUGGGAUGGAGCAGACCAGUUUUUUGUUUCAGCAAGCUUCAAAGGUUGGAUUCUCUCACUCUCGAAUCCUCCGUACAAUUGUUCAGCAUGCUUGCUCGCGGUUUCCUUCCCUUGUUCCAAGCAAUCACGCAUGGACUGCUUUGUUCAGAAAAAUGCAAUCAGCAAAACAAGCAGAGGUAAUCCAAAAUGGUACAUGCAAGCAGAAAGCUUUUGUAAUAUUUGGUGGCGAUACUUCGGAGCGGCAAGUAUCUCUUAUGAGUGGCACAAAUGUCUGGCUUAAUUUGCAAGGGUUCGAUGAUCUCGAUGUGACACCGUGCUUGCUUACACCUGCAAAUGGAUAUUUUUCUUCCCACAACCAAGAUUUCAGCGAAAGUUCACGUGAUGUUUGGACGCUGCCAUAUUCAUUAGUGCUACGACAUACAACUGAAGAAGUUUGUGAUGCAUGUUUCGAGGCAAUUGAACCUGAGAGGGUUGCAAUAACAUCUCGCUUGCGUGGUCAAGUUAUGAAAGAACUUGAACAAGCAUUAGGAAAACAAGAUUGGUUUGCAGGCUUUGAUAUUGCUGAUGAACAACCUAGUAAAUACUCUUUGCAACAGUGGAUCAACCAUGUUAAAGAAGCUAAAGCUGUAGUGUUCAUUGCAGUUCAUGGUGGUAUUGGGGAGGAUGGUACCAUCCAAUCGCUGUUGGAAUCUGCAGGAGUUCCUUACACAGGGCCAGGACCAAUAGCUUCUAGAACAUGCAUGGACAAAGUUGCAACUUCACUUGCUGUUGACCAUUUGGCUAGUCAUGGAAUUCACACCAUACCAAAGGAUGUACGAGCAUCAGAAGAGCUACUGCAGACAUCUCCUGUUGAUAUCUGGAAUGAACUGAAAACAAAACUACAAACGGUAACCGUAUGUGUGAAACCUGCUCGUGAUGGAUGCUCAACUGGUGUGGCAAGAUUGUGCUGUCCAGAGGACCUAGAAGUCUAUACAAAUGCAUUGAGGAGAAAGCUUCAGCGUCUGCCUGCUAACUGUCUAUCUAGGGCACAUGGAGUAAUUGAGAUGCCAGUCCCUCCUCCGGGGUCAUUAAUAUUUGAGCCAUAUAUAGAAACCGACGAAAUUAUCAUUUCAAAUGAAGCAAGGGAUGACAGUUCCCGGCAUCUGGUUUGGAAGGGAGAAAAGGAAUGGCUUGAAAUAACUGUUGGUGUCGUUGGCAAACGUGGGGAGAUGCAUUCAUUAAAUCCAAGUAUCACAGUCAAAGAAAGCGGUGAUAUCUUAUCUCUUGAAGAGAAAUUUCAAGGUGGAACUGGAAUCAACUUGACGCCACCUCCUGCAUCAAUUAUGAGCGAGGAUGCUCUGCAGAAAUGCAAAAGUUGUAUUGAGAUGAUGGCAAACACACUGGGGCUGGAAGGUUUUUCACGCAUUGAUGCAUUUGUGAACGUGCGAAAUGGAGAGGUGCUGUUGAUAGAGGUAAAUACUGUACCUGGGAUGACGCCAUCCACGGUUCUGAUUCACCAAGCACUGACAGAAGAACCACCCAUUUACCCCCACAAGUUCUUCAGAACACUCCUUGAUCUGGCGUUUGCAAGGGCAAACUAGAUAUAUAGUUCACCGAGGUCCCCCCAACUCAUCAAUUUGAGUGCAAAUAAGGUCGUUUAUCACCAUGUCUGUAAUGUGCAACUGAAAAUGUAAAGUAGUUAUGUGGAUUUUGGUAGCCAGUGGUGUGAAGUUUGUGUAUCCGGGUAAUAGCGACAGAAGAUGGGAACACAGAAGAUGCCCUGUUGAAUCCCACUCUUUCGUCUUUUUAAGGUGACUAGCCGAUAGAAUUUGGCAUGUGUUUACCUGUGUUACAA